GUUACUUAAGAUGGUCUUAAGCGAAACGUGUCCAUUAAUUCGGCGCAAUCCUCGACGAUGGACGCGGACGAGUUCAGAGAAUUCGGGAAGAACGCAGUCGACUACAUCGCCGACUAUUUGGAGAACAUCAGAGACAGGAAAGUCAUAUCUUCGAAAAAACCUGGUUUCCUGGAAAAGAGCUUCUCAGACCUUCCGCCGACCGCAGGAGAUCCUUGGCAGAAGGUGCUGCAGGAUGUCGAUGAGUCGAUCGUGCCGGGGCUUACGCAUUGGCACUCCCCCAACUUCCAUGCGUUUUAUCCCACCUCCAAUUCCUUUCCGGGAAUCGUGGGUGAGCUCUUCUGCGCCGGACUGGGAUCAGUUUCCAAAGAUUGGACGUCAAAUCCGGCUUGCGUUGAGCUGGAGGUCAAAAUGAUGGACUGGCUGGGGAAACUGCUGGGUUUACCGGAGGAGUUCCUCAACUGCUCCGAAGGUCCAGGAGGUGGCGUCAUACAAAAUGCUGCAAGUGAAUCAACGUUGGUGGCAGUUUUAUCUGGAGUAGCCAGAUCAGUAAAACAACAACUGGACCACGACCCAACCCAAAGUGAAGCCGACAUAAAACAAAAGCUUGUAGCCUACACAUCCUUGCACGCCAAUUGCUCAGUGGAAAAAGCAGGCCUCCUCACAUCAGUUCCAAUGAGACUGGUCCAAACUGAUGAGCACUAUUGCCUCAGAGGUGAAACCUUGGAGGAAGCCAUUAAAAAAGACAGAGAGCAAGGCUUGAUACCGUGCUGUGUGGUGGCCACUUUGGGAACGACGGGCACCUGCUCCUUCGACAACCUGGAGGAAAUCGGCGAGGUGUGCAAAAGAGAAAACAUUUGGCUGCACAUCGACGCCGCCUACGCUGGUGCUGCGUUCGUGUGCCCGGAAUACAGGCACUACAUGAAGGGGGUCGAAAACGCAGACUCCUUCAACUUCAACCCCCACAAAUGGUUUUUGAUCAACUCCGACUGCUCCGCCAUGUGGUUCAAAGACACCAGGGACUUCGUGCGGGCCUACAGAGUCAAGAAGAGCGUCCCCGAGACCGAAAUCCAACCACAAACUCACUAUUACCCCGUCGAUUUGGAGAACUGGCAAAUUCCGAACAUCAGACGUUUCCGGGCGUUGAAAAUCUGGUUUGUGCUGAGAAUCUACGGGGCUCAGGGCAUGAGGAGACACAUCAGACAUCAAAUUUCUCUGGCUGAGUACUUCGCCGAGUUGUUAAAAGGAGACGACAGAUUCGAGGUGAUUACGUGCGUGAUGGGCUUGGUUUGUUUCCGGGUCAGAGGUGAAGACAUUCUGACCAGAAAGUUGUUGGAUAAAUUAACAGAAAGACGUAACAUAUUCCUGAUUCCGUACAUGCACGAGGACAAGCUGUUAAUUAGGUUCGUGAUAUGCAGUGCUUUCACGCAGAAGGAGGACAUCACGUAUGCUUGGAAUGAAAUAUUGUCGCAGCUGGAGCUGGUCUUUGGAACCCAUCCAAGGGAAGCCGCAAUUAAAGAAUAAAUAAUAGUAGUUUGUUCAUGUCAAUUAUGUAAUAUGGUGUUAAAUAAUAAACGU